AUGAAUAUAUUGGUUGAUUUCAUAAUGAUUUGUUAUUCGAAAAUAAAAUACUCGAUGUCUUGUUUAUGUUUUAUGAAAGUAGUUGAUUUUUCGAUUAAAAAAACAAAAAAAGAAUCUGACCCAACACACUGUGACACAAAAAAUCUGAAAAACUUUGAAUUAAAUUUUUACUUGAUGCGGCAAAGGGAAUUUUUUAUCUUCACGAAAACAGCAUAUUACAUAAAAAAUAUCAAGCCGGAUAACAUCUUGGUAUUUUCAAUGGACGUUAACGAGAGAGUGAAUGCAAAAUUGACUGUUUUUGGGUCAAGUAGAAACAUCAAUUUAUCAAUGACAAAUAUGACAUUCACAAAAGGCGUUGGCACACCAAAAUAUAUGGUGCCUGAGAUUAUAAAUAAGGAGAAGUACAAAAAGAGUGCAGACAUAUUUUCAUUUGGUGUGACUAUGUAUGAGUGCUUGGCGUGGUGUGAGUCGUAUAGUAAAGAAAACUUUGGAUACCCAUGGGAUAUCGUCGAUUAUGUGAUGUCUCGAAAAAGACAAGGAAAGCCUUCCUGUGUGAGCGAAAAAGUUUUUGAUGUUGUUAGUCGUGUGUGGGAACAAACACCUGAAAACAGAAGCUUGGCUGAUAAAAUCGUGAAACAACUUGAUGUAGAAUAUAAUAAAGCUAAAAAUAAUUGA